UUUAGAAGGACACUGUCUGUGACUAUAAAUGUGUAACUGACAAAACGUGUAUUUUUUUUCUCAGCUGCUAUGGAUUGGGCUGUGCUAUUAGGAAUAAGAAUGCUGAUCGUAGCACACACAAACCAUUUGUUCCUCAAGUCCAUUUUCCUCCUCAAAAGCCUGGAAUGUGUCAUUGAUCAGUGGGAGAUGUACCUGAACAGACCCAUGAAAAGACAGCAACAAGUUCCACCCAAGGGACCCUAAUUUCACUUGAAAUGGCUUCUGAUAAUCUUUCUUUCAUUCCUGCUUCCUACCAGUUUUACAGCUUUUUCCAGUUUCAAAUGUGAACUCACAUAUACUCUCUCAUUUAUCCUCAUGACAACCCCAGUGAUCCAAUGGUCCUCACUUUGGAGAUAAGUAAGGGAGGCUCUGCAUUAAGGACUUGUGCAAGGCAUCCAGCUGAGGGGUGCUGGGACUGGCUCCAUUUUCAUCUCGACUCUCACUGACUUUGACUACACAGAACCCCAACGUGUGGGGCCUCAGUAUUCCAUCAAUCAUUUUAUUAAGAAGCAAAAACAAUUCAUGGCAUUGGCCCCAGUUAUUAAGCAUUUCUCAGAUUUACCUUGAGAAACUUCCAUCAUCCUGUAUAUUCACAUCUUCACCCUUGUCCUUCCCUCCUACAAAGGAGAAAGUCAGUUGAAUGCCUUCCGAGGAACCAGUGCGUGGCUUAACUGUCUUUCCACGACUCCCACCUUUUCAGCUUUCUAUUUUCCUCCUUCUCCACUUAAGUCUGUAAUUUCAAGAAAAGCAGGCACUGGCCUCAGGGCCCCUGGCAUAAGAAAUAUUGAAUCUAAUAAGAAAUACCUUUAAUUCACCCCUCCUGCUCACCCCUUUGUAAUGGAGAAGUUCCUAGGGGUUUGCUUUGGGUACAAGACCAGCCUAACUCAGCAUCACAAGUAGCUGGAAAAGGAAAGUAACCUAAAUGAAUGCUGCUUAUAAUUGUAAUAGUUAAUUACUGUGAUUGUACAUGUGCAACAGAUAAAAGAUGUAUUUUUGUCAUAACUGCUAUGGAGUGGAUUAUGCCAUUAGGAAUAAGAAUGCUGUUAAUAGCACAUGAACCAGGGAGAAGCGAAAUGGCGACCUCACUAGAUACGGUUGAGACCUUUGGUACCACGCCCUUCAACUAUGAAUUGGGUGAGCUCUGCAGAAAAGGCGAUAUCACAGCGCUGAUUGCCAAGUUCCUGCCCCCACUGUACUCCCUGGUGUUCAUCGUGGGCCUCUUGGGCAAUGUGUUGGUGGUGGUGAUCCUCAUAAAAUACAGGAGGCUCCGAAUUAUGACCAAUAUCUACCUGCUCAACCUGGCCAUUUCUGACCUGCUCUUCCUCUUCACCCUUCCAUUCUGGAUCCACUAUGUCAUGUGGAGUGACUGGGUAUUUGGCCACGGCAUGUGUAAGGUCAUCUCGGGGUUUUAUUUCACGGGCUUAUAUGGCGAGAUCUUUUUCAUCAUCCUGCUGACGAUCGACAGGUACCUGGCCAUUGUCCACGCUGUGUUUGCCCUUCGAGCCCGCACUGUCACUUUUGGUGUCAUCACCAGCAUCGUCACUUGGGGCCUGGCAGUGCUAGCAGCUCUCCCUGAAUUUAUCUUCCAAGAGACUGAAAAUGUUCUUCAAGGGUCUUAUUGCAACCCUGUGUACCCUGAGGAUGGAGCACAAAGCUGGAAGCAUUUCUAUGCUCUGAGAAUAAACAUCUUGGUUCUCGCUCUCCCUCUGCUCGUUAUGGCCAUCUGCUACACAGGAAUCAUCAAAACACUGCUGAGGUGCCCCAAUAAAAAAAAGUACAAAGCCAUCCGACUCAUUUUUGUCAUCAUGGUGGUGUUUUUCAUUUUCUGGACACCCUACAACCUGGCUCUCCUUCUCUAUACCUUUCAAGCCACCUUGUUUGGAUAUGACUGUAAGCAGAGCAAGGAUCUGGACCUAGCCCUACUGGUGACGCAGGUGAUCGCCUACUCCCACUGCUGCGUUAACCCGGUAAUCUACGCCUUCGUUGGAGAGAGGUUCCGGAAGUACCUGCACCACUUCUUCCACAGGCAUGUGCUCGUGUACUUGAGCAAAUACAUCCCAUUCCUUCCUAGUGAGAAGUUGGAGAGAACCAGCUCUGUCUCUCCAUCCACAGCAGAGCCGGAGCUCUCUAUUGUGUUUUAGGUCAGAUGCAGAAAAUUGCGUAAAGAGGAAGGACUGAGCACAUGAAGCAAACACAUUAAGCCUUCCACACUCACCACUUGAACACUCCUUCGAACUUCCAGCGCAACACUGAAGCUCUUGAACACACGGCAGUAGCAGUAGAUGCAUGCAUCCCAAGCAGUGUACUCAUCAUCAACCCUAAAAAGCAGAGUUUUGCUUCUCAAAGAGUUACAUACAUUUUAACGCACCCAAAUGUUAGUAUAUGCCUCUACAAAAAGGUAAAAUUUUUUAUAUUUUAUACCUUAACUUCAGCCAGCUAUUGAUAUAAAUAAAACAUUUUCACACAAUACAACCAGUUAACAAUUUUAUUUUCUAAUGUGCCUAAUUCUUUCCCUGCUUGAUGAAAGGCUUGUUUUAUUCAGUAUGAAUAAACAAUCUUAAGCAACAUAACAGCAUGCUAUUCCUGUUCUAAAUA